AUGGGACCCGAUGGUGAGAUGCCGUCACGGAUGUCUCGGGUGUACGUAGGUGAAGUACCAAACAAUCACAAUCAACCUCUCGGACCGAUUCCUCAGAUGCCAAACCCUAUGGUGCAAGCAGUUGAUACGGGAGUAAAUGUGCUAGCCAACGGAGCAAACGCUCUCUAUCGCGGAGCAGCUUCUGUAGGACAGGCAUUUGGCUUCAAUGCACAAGCCUAUGAGGGACCUCUAUUCAGCGCUGCAUCGCAACUACUCGGAAAGAAGAGAAGACACUCGAAAGAAAUGUUGAGUGUCACUCUCAGAAAAUCCAGAAGUGCAGCAGAGCGGAAUGCCGAACAUGCGAAUCAAAAGGAAUAUCGAAAAUUCGUAUCCUAUCGAGACCCGUCGGCUCUCCGAGUGGCCUCUUUGCUUGGCAGGUUUUUCGGAGGAGAAGCCGGGGAGUCACUUUUACAGGCGGAAGAUGGAAAGUAG